AUGGCGAAGCUAAAGCAGUCUCGAGGCAAGCGCCCACGAUCACCUGCGCUAGCCAACGCCAACAAGAAGAGACGGACUCGAAACACUGAUAUUCCGGCCCGCAACGCUGUUUUUGCCACGACUGAGCUGUUGGAAAACAUCCUUCUGCACCUGCCAUCGAAAGCGAUUGCCAAGUCCCAAAUGGUAUGCCGAAAAUUCCGGGAUGUGGUGGAAGAGUCGCCUCUUCUACAGAUUCAAAUCUUCAAUCAGCCUGUCCCUGAAGCGAGGCACAAUCGAACCCCAUGGGCAGUGCGCAUAUCACGAACGCAGACGUCACGACGGCGCGCGCCCUGCACACCCAGGUACGACCACCGUUUGCAGCUUGUCCUUGUGCGUGAGAAGCCUGUGACUGGCCUUGGUCUCGCCUACAUAUGUUAUAAGGAGGUGGAAAUGAACUGGGCCAUCUUCAAGAGAAGAGAUCAUCCUGCUGGUUGGUCCUAUCGUCGUUUACACGAUCUUGAGCAUCACAGAGGUGAGGAAGUCACCUUUACACCAGAAUCGACCCACUCACUUAGCAGAUCAUUGCAUGGUGAAGUGCAGUCGUGGGAGCGCAGCUAUUUGUGUAAUCCGCCAUGUACCAGAGCAUCGAUCUCCAUUGUCAUCAAAAUUGGUCCCAGAAAAGCGCUGGAACAAGUCAAGCUUCGCGUCGAUGCCUGGGCAGAGAGAAAAGAGGGUCUUACUUUCGGGUAUCUCCUCGAUGCAGCACUGAGCAAGAAAGCCGCCACUGAUGAAUUCGACUACGACAUUGUCUUGACCGAGAAUUAUGAGGAGAAUGAUCAGCCGGCGUUCGAUGGCUGCGUUCGCGACUUCGUUAGCUCUCUGGAGACCAAGCACAAGACCAAAGCAUGGAUCUCUGCCGAAGAUUGCUUGAUCCGCGUUUCUGGAAUAAUCUUGCCCACAGACGAGGACAGCAAGGACGUGGUCGAGAUUGGCGCAGAGCUCCGCGGUAAAGAUGAUCAAGGAGAGGCAGGCUGGUGGCAAACACAGAUGGAGGAGUAUUUUGGACCGGCCCUUGAGAAUGGAGAGGCUGUAUCUGCCGAUGGUAGUAACUAA